AAACCAAAUACACCAACAACUGCCACCAUCCCAUCGUAUCUUUUUUGCUCUACUUCUCAAUCGUUUACUUUAAACCAUUUCCGAGUUUGCUCGUGUACAAUUCUUACAAAGACAAUCUUUUUGUAACUAAGUAUAAAAACUUUGUUCAGAUGGCAUCUAACGGUACCGGAACAGGUUCUCCAUGCGGCGCAUGCAAGUUUCUGAGGAGAAAAUGCGUGAUUGAUUGCAUAUUUGCACCGUACUUCUCAUCGGAAGAAAGUCCUGCGAGAUUUGCGGCCAUUCACAAGGUGUUCGGAGCAAGUAACGUUUCUAAGAUCUUGCUCCACGUUCCCAUCCAAGACCGGCAUGAGGUUGUCGUCACUAUGGCUUACCAAGCUGAAGCUCGUCUCCAUGAUCCUGUCUAUGGUUGUGUCUCUCAUGUCUUCGCCCUCCAGCAACAGGUGGCUUUCUUACAAGCACAACUGAUGCAACUAAAAGCGAACCUCGCCCACCAGACAAUUUCCACGGUCGCCGGAGAUCUGAGCAAGAGAUCAGAAAUGAUGUGGCAGCAAACAAGUGGUUACACGAUACCGUACAUGCCAUACAGUCACGAAAACCCUAAUAAACCGGUGUCAGUACCGCUGAGCUCAAUCGAAUCGUUGGAAUACAGCCACACGAGUAGUGAAGUCACGACCAGCGUGCAAGAUAUUCAAACGGGUCGGUUUGGGUUUCAUCAGGACGGUUAUCCAAACAAGAAGAGAUCGUUGAGUUACUGUAAUAGCGAUCUCGGAGAGCUGCAAGCGUUGGCUAGGAUGAUGAGAAACUGAUAUAGUUAUGUCAUAUGUGCUUCUUUAAAAUUAUUCUUC